AUGGGGCUGCACUCCAUCCUGCAACACCUCCACCCCCAGGGACCGACAGAGGAUGCUGUGGACUUCAGCUCAGCGUUCAACACCCAUCAUCCCAGAAGUCCUCUCACCAAACUCACCCAGCUCCACAGCCGGCCUCCACCUGACCUGCCCCCCUCUGUGGGCCCUGAGGGGGAGCGUCUAGACCUGGACCUGGACGAGGAUCCUGAGGACGGGGAUUCGUUCUUUGAUGACCUGCUACCCAAACCACAGAAGACGUACGGCUGGAAGGUAGAGGCGUCCGGGGCCCGAGGGGGUCCAGCGGGGUCCCUGUCAGAGGCCCCAGGAGGAGGAAGCAGCGCCUCAGAGCAAAGCCACAGCAGGAAGGGAGCGCCGGCCUCCAGAGAGAAAGGCUUCAGGGACCCAAAGGCCCCCACCGAUCAGACGGGAUCCCUGCAGCUCGACGACGAUGUUCAAUACGACGAUGACUUCAACAGCCAUCGGUCGGACUUCUCGAGGAGCGAGCUCAGCAUCGGUGAGGAGAUCGAGGAAGUUUCCAUCGAGGGGCCCGACUCCAGCAACAAGCUUGACGACAGCACCCAGGACCUGAGCGUCUCGCAGCUCAGUCAGAGUCACGGAGCCGACUACAUGGAGGAGGUGGCCUGAGCUCCCAUGAUGCACCUCUUCAGUGAGAUCCUACAUGGAGGAGGUGGCCUGAGCUCCCAUGAUGCACCUCUUCAGUGAGAUCCUACAUGGAGGAGGUGGCCUGAGCUCCCAUGAUGCACCUCUUCAGUGAGAUCCUACAUGGAGGAGGUGGCCUGAGCUCCCAUGAUGCACCUCUUCAGUGUUCAAGCAGAAUGAUUCCAGUUAUUGAUUUGCAGGAAACAUGAAGCGCUCCUCUUCCUGAGGAAGUCUCCGUCUACUUCCUGCUGAGCAACGUCCACUUCCUGUUUGCUCUAGAAAGUAAAAGGUCAGAAACAGACGUUUGAUGACUUUAAAGUUUUAGACCUUAUUCCAGUCCAAAAUAAUGGAAUCUGAUGGACAUUAAAACACUUUUAGAGUUAGCUGCUUAUUAUCUUUAUUAUUAGGGUCCUCUAUACAAUGCUGCUUAUGCUUCAACUCUGUCCGAAUUUUCUUUUGGCAUUGGGUGCCCUUUUUUUUGGUUUGAGCACCUGCCCCCCAAAAUGUCUGAGCACGUGCCUGGUGGCCAUCAAAUGCGCCUUCUUAGAUUUUCCGCCAUUGAGAAUUUUGUAAAAAAAUAUUUUUUUGCUUUUUUCCAAAACGCUUUGUCCGAUUCAUCCGAAAAUUUCAGGGAUCCAUUUUUGGUUCAAUUUCAUCAUAACUACUGAAAAUCUUGUUGAUAUCUUAUUGCGUUCAGAGAAUAUAGACCAAUGAACAUCUAAGGGGUGUGGCCUAAUAUUUGAUGUCACACAACUUCUAAAUUAUUUGGCCUAUCCUCACCAAAUUGCUAUCCUAUGUCCAUAUCGCAUAUUUUAAACUACCUAAUUUUUUUCAUAAUAUUUGAACAUUAGGGGGUGCUGCAAUAAAUCCCUCAAUAUCUGCUU